AUGGCACGGAGAUCGACAAGCACGACGUCGUUGUGCGCCUCAACAGCGCGCCGACCGGGGGCUGGGAGAAGCAGGUCGGAGCGAAGGAGGACGUGUAUAUCGGCAUGCACGUUGCACGAUAUUCUGAACGAGAUUUGCGCGGGGCCAGCGGCACUGCAGCAGGCACACUACCAGCGAAAGGGUACCGUGGCUUGGGAACUGGAUAAACACCUCCGGCUAGCGCAAAAAAGCACGAGAAAACUCCUCCAGCUGGCACAGCAGGAGGAUCCGGAGGCGCUUCUGCUUCUGCGCCCCUCGAAAAAUAGUGACACUGGCGAUGAUGCGGACUGGAGCAUGACGACAAUAAAUGCGACGGCAACCUACUUGUCGUUCCCUAGUGGGCAACCGAUGCACGAAACACGGCGCACAGGUCGGACGAAAGAAAAGUUAGCAAAAACUACACGCCAGUCUCCAUCAGCAUCGACAUCCCAUCGCUCGAUGAUUACAGCUCUACGAACCUCGUCGUCAACACACUUUUGCAACCACGGCGCCAAGAAACUAGAUUCUGGAGCCAAAAAAAACGAUGCAGAAACGGCGGAGGGUGACGUGGAAGAAGAUUUCCAAGGGUCUGUUUCGUCCACGAAUUUAAGCUCGGCGACGUCUUUAAUUCAGGUACUACGCCGGGCGAAGUUGACGUCAUCCCGUACGACCCGCCCUGCGGAAGCCACGACAUCUUUUGCGCCAAGGCAAGUGCUACAGGAGCUGCAGCACAGGGUGGAAAAGUUACGUCGGGCGUACGAUGACGUACGUCGGGUUGUUUUAGCAGAAAAAAAAGACAACCUGCGUCGAAAUGCAGCUGCCAAAAGCAAGACAAUUUACGUCGAGUAUCUGAGUCCUGAGGAAAUAAAGGAGCUCGUGCCCCGGUGCGCCAAGCACAACAUCACCGUGAAGGCCUUCGCGAAGGUAUCACAAAAAAAAGUGCACACGUGCACGACUGUUUUUCCUUUUCCCGAAAAAUGUUUUUUGUCGCCUCCCUCAAGACGCUCACCUGUAUCAAUGCAGACACUUGCUACGAAGCUAGCUAGUAGAUUGGCAGUCUGUCAGAGGUGGCGCACCUAGUGCACACGGUCCCAUGGUGAUCGUUGUCAAGGUCCGAAAGAGACGGGAAAAAUAAGACCCAUCAAGCUGGCCUCCGCUCAUUGUCUCAUCUCAUAACGGCCGUCAAAAAGCAGGUCGAGAAAGCCCGGAGCUGUCACUCUACUUCCUAGAGGCGGGACGCCUGCAGGUCGUACACCCAGCGGGCCACCUUUCCCUGUCGCUGACUACGAAAAUCGCCCACCAACGAGUCGCCACUAGCGAAACCGUGGAGGGGCCCCUUUUUGGGGAGGUGCAGGGCCCAAGAACAUGCCACGCAAUCUAGAGACGGCACGCGCUGUUUUUCUUGGGUUCAAGAAACUCCGCAGGAAAAGAUGAGGCGAAAUUAUCUGAAUCAAUUCUGAGUGCGAAAAUUGCGCACCCUCCGGAAGCCGUGCGCAUCGCAUCCAACCUGCCCGGUAUGCUGGUGGAUGUGCACGGUCUACAAAGCGGCCAGGUUCGGUCGUGGCGGUCCUUCUGAACCGUGUAUAUAUCGACCAUAGCAUACGGUCUUCUAGGUGCGACGUGCGCGGUUUUUGGCGGCCACGUGCAAAAUUUAUCACAAAUUUUCCAGCACCGCAACCGUGUUCAUGGACCACAGCGUAGGGGCUAGGCUCCGCGUGGCCAAUCUGAAAAGUUUGGCCUUGGGAGUAUGCAAAAUAAAACUUGCCUCUGCCUGUUUUCGCAUAUCCGAAAUGUGGGGACUUCAUAUCCGAAAUGCGGGAAGCGCAAGCGACACAGCAAAACGACCCAGCAUAAAGAUCUGCAGCAGCGCGCGCGCCGACCUAACAAUAUUUUUCCACAGCCCCCGGCAAUGUUUCCAACCCGCGGACAGCCGGGCGGCGGGGGGUCAAGUAUAUUUAUGGCGUGUGGGUCGCUGCGGGGUACUGAAGGGCAAGCUGCUCCGCGGCUUAGCAAGUUGCCCCAUCUCGGCCCGGAAGCGGAGGCUGGCCCUGGCUUGAUGGAUAUCCUUGCACAGAUUGCGCCGGACUUUGGCGGCCAGCCGGAACACAAAUUGUUGCGCUCAUGGUUAUUUAUAAUUAUAUUAUUUCAAUUUCACUAAGAAAAUGAGGAGCGCCGGCCUAUCUAGCUUCAUAGCGAAGGGGAAGGCAUCAAGUGUGGACGCUGUGCCUCGCCAGGGAGGAGGCACACAAAGUGUUUUUUGGAGAAAAACGAAAACCGUGCACAUGUGCGCUUUUUCUUGUGAUAGAAGGAGCUUGGGUUCGAUGCACAACGCGGCCAGCUCUCCGCCUUUCUCUCCGCCAUGUAUCCCGGAGGCGGUUCAAAGAGUCUGCGGGUUCCGGGACAAAGCCUCGACAUCACUACGGGGUUCCGCGCGGCGGUCUUGAUGGCCGCACACUGCAAACACGUGGACUUGUACGAGAUGGCGCCGAGCCGCAAAGCGGCGAAUGAUCGAAAGCUACAAUACCAAUACUUCAAGGCGCAUUGUUGCACCGCAGAGGAACUGGAGUGGAUCGAGGCCGCGGUGAAGAAAUCUCAGUCACUAAAACUACUCUUGACCGAAGGAGAAGUACGACGCAGGAAGAUCGAGCGGGCCAAAGGCAGGGUCGAACAAGAAGUAGAGAUGAGCGAUUUGCUGAGCACGACGGACGAGGGCCACAACUAUGCCGGUACAAAUAAGGAUUACGCACAGCCGCAGCAGAACAAGGCCAAAAGUGACUGCAGCCCCGGGCCGAUGUCGAUGUGCGCAGACACGUCAGAAGAUGAGGAAACCGAGAACAAAGCUUCCAGGAGCAAUGAAGAAAGUCAAAGUUUUCUCCUCCGAAAAAUCAUAGCCACGCUUGUCGAGGCGCGUGAAAAUGAGACAGAUGAGGUGCUUGACGAUGAAUGCGGUGUCUUCAAGGAGGCAGACGUUUCCUUAGAUGACUCGUCGCGGGCCACUUCCUCGCGGAGCGCGGUGAAGGGCGCAAGGCAGUAUGCGGAGGAGUUUUCGCUCGAGAGCGAUGAAAAAAAAGACUAUGCUGGGGGUCGUCGUCCUUGUCCCGGUCGUGUCGCAAUGGGGGAGCUGCUACAGGAGAUCGAGAACAAGGACCCGGAGCCCUGGGGGCAGGGGGCCCUGCGAACGUUUUCCGACUGGCACGUGCUUUACCGAGCCGAGCACGACUUCUACCGCCGCACCGCCAUCACACCAGCGGCUGAGUCUUUCGAAACGGGAAAGGUGCAGCUACCCGGGCUUGCGAAUCUUGACUGCGAAGGAGGCGAAUUAAAGUAA